AUGUCUUCCCCAACUGCUCCCCCGAUCUUGGACUUCUCCCCAAUCUACGGCAAUGACAGCGAGGCAAAAGCCAAGCUUGUUGAAGAAGUUCGCAAAUGCUGUCACUAUAACGGGUUCUUUCAGAUUACAGGCCAUCGCGUGCCUCUGGAACUACAGCGCCGCGUCAUGAACUGCUCAAAGAGAUUCUUCGAUCUUCCUCUGGAGGAGAAGCUCCAAAUCGAUAGAAACCUCAACUCUUUCAACCGCGGCUACGAACUCCUCCGAUCACAGAUGCUAGAAGUUGGUACAGGUCCCGAGCUCAAGGAAGGACUGUACAUCGGCCAAGAAAUCCCCGAAGACCACCCUUACUUCCUGCAGAAGAAACUCAACAGUGGACCUAAUCAGUGGCCUCAGACUGUUUCCGACAAGGAGGAGUUUCAGAACACAACAAUGGAAUACUAUAAUGCUGUGUUCGAGCUGGCAAAGGAUGUCCUUGCUGUCUUGGCAUUGACUCUCGGUGUUGAGACGAGCUAUUUCGAUCCUUUGACCGACGGAGCUGUCGCGACAAUGCGAUUCUUGCAUUAUCCCGCACAGCCCAAGGACCAGGACGAGAAGUUGAAUCGGGGAAUUGGAGCACACACAGACUUUGGAUGCGUCACUUUGCUUUUACAGGAUGAGGUGGAUGGGUUACAGGUUCUCGAUGCUCCGACAGGACAAUGGCUCGAUGUAAAACCGGCUCCAGGUGCCUACGUCGUCAACUUGGGAAAUCUCUUCAUGCGGAUGGCCAAUGACAAAUACAAGUCGAACACCCAUCGCGUAAUCAACAAGUCUGGUCGAGAGAGAUAUUCUAUUCCAUUCUUCUUUAGUGGAAAUCCAGACUAUCUCUGUGAGUGUCUGCCCAAUUGCCGGGAGCAGGAUGAGGCUGCAAAGUACCCGCCGAUUACAGUGCAGGAUAUGGUGACAGCGUCUUAUAAGGAGAGCUAUGGUCGUGCAGAGGCAUAUAAGAAGGAUUUGGAAAUGAAGAAACUGGAUCAAGCAUCAAAUGUGGCUGCCGUUGGCGCGUAG